AUGUCGACUGCCAUGUCGACGUUCUUCCUGCUCAUGGUGAGCCAAUUGUCCAUGCUGGCUAACGCUACAGACUCGGCCAGCGACACGGUCGAGUCUCUCUUCGACUCCACGGACGGCAUCAAGGUCGGUGGGAGUGUUCUGGCCAUCGCUGCGAUUGCAGUCGGCGCCGUAAUGGUGGCCAUGGGCUAUCGUCUCUUCCGAGCGACGCUCUUCGCUGUCGGCUUCGUGGCCGGCGGCGUAGCAGUCGCAAUGGUCGUUGAGCACGUCUUCGACGACAAGUCGUGGGUUAUCACGGCGUCCUGGAUCGCCUUC